AUGCCUCGCGAAGUCUCCGACAUCAAGCAGUUCAUCGAGCUUGCUCGCCGCAAGGAUGCGUCCUCUGCCCGCAUCAAGCGCAACCGCCAGUCCCAGCAGAUCAAGUUCAAGGUCCGCUGCAAGCGCUUCGUCUACACCCUUGUCCUGAAGGACUCCGACAAGGCCGACAAGCUCAAGCAGAGCCUGCCCCCUGCCCUCAAGGUCGUCGACGUCACCAAGGGUGACAAGAAGAAGGCUCUGUAA